AUGGCUACACCAUUGUUUAUACCCCAAGAUAUCGUCCAAGACAUACUCACAAAACUUCCUGUCAAAACCCUACUCCGACUGAAGUGCUUAUCUAAGAACUAUUGCACUCUUAUUGAAAGCCCUACUUUCAUCUCCUCCCACCUAAGCCACUCCAUCAAGAAUCCUUCUCUCCUUGUAUUCUUGGGUGACAAUAAUUUCGAAUUAAGUCCAAGAUCAUCCUUCCACAGCCAUGAAACAAUAACCAAUUAUAGCUUCACACCCUUAACCUUCUCCUACCACUACGUAAACGUUAUAGGUUCUUGCCAUGGCUUACUCUGUUGCCAAUAUUUAGACGACGAAACCGAUGAUUUUGAGUUAGUUACUGUAUUGUGGAAUCCUGCAACCAGAAAAUUCAAGCGUCUACCCAAGCACGAUCCAGAAGAAAGGUGUGAUCAACUGGCUAUAGGAUUGGGGUUUGAUCCCAAAGGAAACGACUAUAAGUUGGUAAGAGCUUCAGUCUUUGGCCGAUAUCCUCGAGCUUCGAUUCUCUGUGAAGUAAUUGAAAGGAAUAAGGGUGUUUGGAGAAGGAUCACACAUGACAACCCUGAUUAUGUCCCUCCCCCUGGAGGACUCUGGCAAAUUCCUAAGACUGCUAGUGCAGCUGUACAAGGAGCAUUAUAUUGGAAUAUUGAUGGCGAAAUAUUACUUUCCUUCAGUUUGCUUGACGACACCUUCCAAUGGAUACCCUUUCCGCCUCCUCUAAAUAACUAUUCUAUGACUGGAUACAACAGCCGUUAUCGUCUAGAAACUUGUUGUGCAUGGAAAGAAUCAGUUGCUGCUGUAGCAAACUUACCUAAUUUCAGGAGUAAGGAUCAGUGCUUCGACAUAUGGGUGCUGAAUGGUAGUGAUAAGGAAAGAGCUUGGUCAAAACUGUUCACAGUCACUGCCUCGGUGUCUGAAAGAUUAAUACCAAUUUGUUUAUGGAGAGAUAGAGAAGUCGUAUUUAAACAAAGUAAUGAAGAUGGAAAAAAGCUGGUCUGGUUAGGCAUCUACGGAGAAACAGGACUUUCCAAAGACUGGGAGGAAGAUGUCUAUGUCCAUGCUUGGUGGAAUUACGAGGAGAGCUUGGUGGAAUUAUGA